UGGAUGAUAUGAAAUUUUCUUAUCUUCCCCACCACUUGCGCCACUCUCUAAACGCGCAAAAAAGUUGUAUAAGAGAAGGGAUAAAGCUUAAAUAGCUGAUGAACACGGGUACUUUCUAGUAUAUGGCAAUUGCAGCAGCCAUGAGCUGUGACGACGACAAGGAUGAGCAUGACCUUGACAUGGUAAUGCCCGGUUUUCGCUUCCACCCAACUGAGGAAGAGCUCGUGGAGUUCUAUCUCCGUCGUAAGGUGGAGGGAAAGCGCUUCAAUGUGGAGCUCAUAACCUUUCUGGACCUCUAUCGCUAUGACCCAUGGGAACUUCCGCCCUUGGCAGCUAUAGGAGAGAAAGAAUGGUUCUUCUAUGUACCUAGAGACCGCAAGUAUCGGAACGGUGACAGACCAAACCGUGUGACAACUUCCGGCUAUUGGAAAGCUACUGGUGCCGACCGGAUGAUUCGGACGGAGACGCUUCGUUCAAUCGGGCUAAAGAAGACCUUGGUCUUCUACUCAGGGAAGGCUCCAAAAGGAAUAAGGACCAGUUGGAUCAUGAACGAGUAUCGUUUGCCGCAUCAUGAAACUCAUCAGUACCAAAAGGCGGAAAUUUCGCUUUGUCGGGUCUACAAGAGAGCUGGAGUAGUAGAUGAUCACUCCCUAAUUAUCCCGCGUUCCAUUUCAACUCCAUCCAGUACCCGGCCAUGCUCAUCGAGGGAGCUCCAGUACUCGUCUUCAGUUGCUAAUCAGAAACAACGCUUUAGCAGUAGCACAGUCCAUGGUGCACCAGUACCGGUGAGUUUUCAAGCAUUCGGACAUUCACCUCCAAGCAGCGAGGCAGCAGCAGCAGAUAAGCUGCAGGAAGCCAAGAGUAGCAGCUAUGACAAUAAUGACGCAGCUGGCACUGCUCUUGGCCAACCCAAGCCCCAUAGGUCUAAUUCAUUGGUGAUACCGGUUAAUACUGCACAAGAUGAUCAAGAUCAUGUGAGUACUGAUGAUAAUCUCCUAUGUCAUCGUCCGAUUAAGGAAGUAGGUUGUUCUCUGCUACCAAUAACAAGUUGCACCACCCUCUUCACCUGUUCCUCUUCUUCUGUGCCGCCGCGACACCCACCACCACCACCACCACCACCACCACCGGCGGCAGUAGUAGUAGUCGAUGAACUUGAGAAACUUGUAAGCUACCAAAGAGGUUACAUAGAACAUCAUCAUCAUCAUCAACAGCAGCAGCAGCAGCAAUCCCAAUUCCUCUCCAUACCAUUACCGCCAUCAUGUCAACAGUACCAAUUCCUCUCCAUACCAUUACUACCACCACCACCAUGUCAUGAUGAACAAUCACAAAGUACACUAGCUCUCAACACCACGUUGUUGCCCUCUAAUUCACUGCCGACAACCUUCUCUGACAAGAUCUGCAACUGGGAGUGGAAUCCGAUCCUGGAGGCUGCUGCUAACAGAGAUUACGCCACCAGUCCUUAAUUAAUAUCAUCAAAUGAUAAUUAAACAAAAAUUAAACUGCAGCAAA